AUGUCAAAUCUUGAAUCGCCAACAACUGAAAAGUUAGAUGAAUAUUUAUUUGAAUAUUUUCAAUUGAUUUUUUCAAUACUUAGUUUAACUCACCAUGAUCAUCAUGAUAUUGAUGAUGAUGAUGAUCAAGUAAAUUCAUCACAUAAAAUAAUUCCAACUACUCAUGAACCAACUGCAUCAGAAGACAACAAACCAGAUACUCAAUCGUCAAAAGCAUCUUCAACAGCAGACAUAAAUCAGUCAAACAUUUCCAACAUUGAUGUACUAAGUUUGAUUCAAAAUGAUUUAAAAAAAUAUGUAAAUACACCAAUUCCAAAAGAUUAUUCAGAUUUUGUUCGAUGUCAUGUAAAACGUGUCAAAGAAGGUCUUACAAAAGGUUUUGAAACAGUAUUUACUUUGUAUUUCGACGGGCAAAAUGAAAAUAAUCAAACCUUACUGCUGAGUGCACGAAAACAUAUAACAAUUGGUGGACAUGCAGAAUAUUUCAUUGGAAUUGAUUUCGAAAAUCCAUCAAAAAAUCUAAAUGAUGGAAAUUCACUAGCAACAUUAAAAGGUAUUAACAUUAUGGGUAGUGAAUACGUACUUUAUGAUCAUCAAAAUUCUUCAACUAAUGAACACAAUAAACAUCAAUCAGCUGCCAUUAUUUAUGCAGGAGAAACAAUUAUUGAUGAAUGGCGAUCUGGAAAUUCAAUUGAUUUAAUUCAAAUGGAAAAUAAAGCACCAAUCUAUGAUGAGAAAUCUAAAACGUUUAGCCUUAAAUUACAUGACAGUCGUAUAAGACUACCAUCACAUAAGAAUUUCCAACUAAUUGCUUCAAAUGAUAAUCAUGACGGUAAUGCUGUUAUGCAGUUUGGUCGUAUUGAUGAUAAUAAUUUUGCUCUCGACUAUCGACAUCCUCUUACGGCCAUUCAAGCUUUUGCCAUUGCAUUAAGCUCUUUUCAUAAUCGGUUCCAUUCUUAA